UUCUAUAAAAACCGAACAAGAAAACCCUAAUUCGUCUUUGUAUCUUUCUCUCAAAGGGCCGCUCUCCCUCUUCCGAGACCAUACAGAGAUCCUCCGACCGUUACUGCAAUGACAAAGAGAACGAAGAAGGCUGGAAUUGUUGGAAAAUAUGGUACCCGUUAUGGUGCCAGUUUGAGGAAGCAAAUUAAGAAGAUGGAGGUCAGUCAACACAGCAAGUACUUCUGCGAGUUCUGUGGAAAGUAUGCAGUGAAGAGAAAGGCUGUGGGAAUCUGGGGAUGCAAGGAUUGUGGCAAAGUCAAAGCAGGCGGUGCUUAUACUUUGAACACUGCUAGCGCUGUGACAGUGAGGAGUACUAUUAGGAGGCUGAGGGAGCAAACUGAGAGCUGAGCCACCAUUGGCAUAAUAUUCUACUUUCAUAGGAUGUUUUGCAUAUUUUAGCUACAAACUUAAUCAGAUCUUUUUUGACAAUGAUGACCUAUUAUUAAUUUUCGAUUUUAUAUCAGAGCCUGGUGUUGGAUGUAGGUCAUCAAGACUUCAUUUAAGUUCGAAUAUGGAGUUGUUUGUUUCAUCAUUAUCAUGUUAAUUUUCGUCAAAUUAAGUUGUGUGGUCUUCUUGACUCUUGUUCUUGCCCA